AUCACGUAGGUUGUUGGGCUGGAGAAUUCGCUGCGAUGGCGACGACGGCUCUCUGCUGGAAAGGGACGCAGUGAAGCUGGCCUCGGCUCGGAUAUGACUAAUGUUUAUUUGAUCGAGGUUUAUUUGCUGCUUAGUAAUUGCACGGGCUUCGGAUGAAUCUUCGGCUUCUUACUUCUCAUCACUCCUUUGACUGAUUUCCAUGUCAUAUUUGUGAGAGUUUCCAAACAGGAUCACCAGGACUGCUCAUCAUCCAUUACUGAUUGUCUGUGACUGAUCCAGGCCGGAGUUCCUUGUUGGGUGACCCACACUCCUUCACAGGGGCCAUGGAGGAGGAGGGGCAGCAUAGCUUGGAGUGCAUCCAGGCCAAUCAGAUCUUCCCCAAAAAGUCCCCCGUCCUGGAGGAGGAAAACAUGCAGGUGCCCUUUCCUGAGCUGCACGGGGAGUUCACAGAGUAUGUGGGGAGAGCAGAGGAUGCCAUCAUCGCAAUGUCCAACUACCGCCUACACAUCAAGUUCAAAGAGUCUGUUGUCAACGUCCCUCUUCAGCUUAUAGAGAGCGUGGAGUGUCGGGAUAUGUUCCAGCUCCACGUGACCUGUAAGGACUGCAAAGUCGUUAGGUGUCAGUUCUCCACCUUUGAGCAGUGUCAGGAAUGGCUGAAACGCCUGAACGUGGUGGUUCGCCCUCCCUCUCGCCUGGAGGACCUCUUUUCCUUCGCCUUCCACGCCUGGUGCAUGGAAGUGUACGCCGGCGAGAAGGAGCAGCAUGGCGAGCUGUGCAGACCAGGCGAACAUGUGACCUCCUGGUUUAAGAAUGAGGUGGAGAGGAUGGGCUUUGACACUCAAAACGCCUGGAGGAUAUCUGACAUCAACAGCAAGUUCAGACUGUGCCCCAGCUAUCCUCAGCAGCUCCUGGUGCCAGCCUGGAUCACUGACAAGGAGUUGGAAAACGUGGCAGCCUUCCGCUCCUGGAAGAGGUUUCCUGCAGUGGUUUAUAGACACCAGAGCACGGGGGCUGUGAUCGCCCGCUGCGGUCAGCCAGAGGUCAGCUGGUGGGGCUGGAGGAACGCUGAUGAUGAGCACCUGGUCCAGUCCAUCGCCAAGGCCUGUGCCGUGGACAGCAGCUCCCGCAAACACCUCCCCAACGGUACCUACACCAACGGCUCAGACCUGCCUGAUACUGACUUCGAGUCCUCCAUGUCCAACAGCUCAGAAGUGGAAACGUUGGUCAUCCAGCCCCAUAAGUUACUUAUCCUGGAUGCCAGGUCCUACGCUGCUGCCGUAGCGAACAGAGCCAAGGGGGGAGGCUGUGAAUGUCCAGAGUACUACCCCAACUGUGAGGUGGUGUUUAUGGGCAUGGCCAACAUCCACUCCAUCCGCAAGAGUUUCCAGUCUCUGCGUUUCCUCUGCACUCAGAUGCCUGAUCCAGCCAACUGGCUCUCUGCACUGGAGAGCACCAAGUGGCUGCAGCACCUGUCCCUGCUGCUGAAGGCGGCGCUGCUUGUGGUCAACGCCGUGGAUCGAGACCACAGGCCCGUCCUGGUGCACUGCUCCGACGGCUGGGACCGCACACCUCAGAUCGUUGCGUUGUCCAAACUGCUGCUGGACCCGUACUACCGCACUAUUGAGGGCUUCCAGGUUUUGGUGGAGACGGAGUGGCUGGACUUUGGCCAUAAGUUUGCUGACCGCUGCGGCCACGGAGAAAACUCUGAUGAUCUGAACGAGCGCUGCCCUGUCUUCCUGCAGUGGCUGGACUGUGUUCACCAGCUGCAGAGGCAGUUUCCCUGCUCCUUUGAGUUUAAUGAGGCCUUUCUGGUGAAACUGGUGCAGCACACCUACUCCUGUCUGUUCGGCACCUUCCUGUGUAACAGCGGCAAGGAGAGGGAGGACCGGCACGUUCAGGAGAGGACAUGCUCAGUGUGGUCGCUGCUGAGACCGGCCAACCGCACACUGAGGAACAUGCUGUACUCCUCACACUCCGAGACCGUUCUCCAUCCAGUGUGUCAUGUGCGCAACCUGAUGUUGUGGACGGCGGUCUACCUGCCCAGCUCCUCCCCCACCACCCCUUCCGAUGACUCCUGCGCCCCUUACCCUGUGCCCGGUGCCAACCCGGAGGAUGCACCACUGGGCAGAUGCACGAAGACUCGCUCCUUUGACAACCUACCCAGUGCAUGUGAGCUGGGAAGCUCCCUGGCUCCUAACCGCCGCUCCAGUGACCCGAGCCUCAAUGAGAAGUGGCAGGACCACCGGCGCUCUCUGGAGCUCAACAUGGCAGUGGGGCCAGAGGGAGGGGGGAAUCAGGAUCAGGAGGUUCGGCCAAACGGAGUGGGGCCCUACCCAGACGGAGUGGACUCUGAGCUGGACGACAGCCCGCAGCCGCGCAGCUCACACGCUGAGCUCGGACAGGGAGACACUGUGAGCCCAGCAGCAGCAGGAGAGGACGCAGAGGAGGCGGAGCUCUCUGUGGCAGUGGGCGUGGCUGAGGGCCAAAUGGAGAACAUUCUACAGGAAGCCACAAAGGAGGAGGCGGCCGAUCAGAGAGAGGGAGGUGCUGCUGUCACUCAUGUUGUUGACACUGUUGACACAGAGGAGGAGAAAAAAGCAAAAGAUGAGGACGAGGACGAGCGUGCAAAUGUCAACGGGACUGAGAUGCAGAGAGAAGCAUUUGCAAAUGGUCACCUUCCAGAAAAUGGUGUAAUGGAGACAGAGGAGGAGGAUGAGUCUCCACCUCUGCCCACACAGAAGGCAGAAGAGCUGGAUGAACAGGCAGCUGAGGUGACUCAGGCACCAGAGGAUCUGGUGAAACAGGAUGUUGAAAACUCUUCUGUAGAGGAGGUUGUGCAUGGACCCAGUGACUCCGGCUCAGGUGAGCCAGAGCAGCCUGCAGCCCAUAGAACUAUAACUAAUGGCUUUGUGGACAGGUCUCCUGAAGAGCCAGAUGUGGAGGAAGAGACCUGCCCUGACUCGGUAUCUGACAGUGGUGUCUCUGAGCCAGUGGAGCAGGUGGAUAAGAGGGCCUCCCUGAUGGAAAGCUCAACAGAGACUUUAACUGAAGAGGCCUGUGGCAGGUUGGAGCUCCCAGCACAGCCGCCUGUUAGUCUGAGCCGUGCGCCCUGCAGUGACGGCAGGAAACAGCCGCCCUGCUCCAGGAAAGAGAAGGGGCUGGAGGCAGGCGAGCACGGCCUUAUCAGAACUUUAAAUGGGGGCACCAAGCGAGCCCCUGUCAGUGCCUUUCAGUCUGUGAGUGCUGACCUCAACAGGGAUGGGAUUUGUAACGGCGACAGCUCUGACGGGGAGCCCUGCGGGGGUCCUCACUGGACCAAAGGGAAUGGGGAGCGGGCCCCUCUGAGUCGACAAAUGUCCCUAGCUAGCUGUAACUCCCUGAUCCUCCAUCCGCGGGGCAGUUGCUCCCAGCACCGCUGGUGCCACGCCCUGCUGGGCCGGGCCGCCAUUAGCCCAGAGCAGCCGUCACGCAGUCACCUUGACGAUGACGGACUGACGCUGCAUACUGACGCCAUCCAGCAGAGGCUAAGGCAGAUCGAGGCGGGGCACCAGAUGGAAGUGGAGACUCUGAAGAAGCAGGUGCAGGAGCUGUGGAGUCGCCUGGAGAAUCAGCAGCACAUCAGCUCUCACAGGAUCAACGGAGACAUGGGAGACGAAGUGACCUCAAUGACAGACUCGGAGUACAACCUGGACCCAAACUGUUUGUCGCGCUGCAGCACAGAGCUCUUCUCGGAGGCCAGCUGGGAGCAGGUGGACAAGCAGGACACUGAGGUCACUCGCUGGUACCCUGACCAUUUGGCAGCCCAGUGUUACGGCUGUGAGAGCAGGUUCUGGCUCGCCACCAGGAAGCAUCACUGCAGUGGCAGGGAGCCUGUCCAGGAGGUCUGGAACUGCGGUAAUGUGUUCUGCGCCAGCUGCUGUGACCAGAAGAUCCCAGUGCCAAGCCAGCAGCUGUUUGAGCCCAGCCGCGUCUGUAAGACCUGCUACAGCAGCCUCCGGCUCACCUCGGUCCCCCUUGACCUGGAGCUGGAGAAACCCAUCACAGCCAGCUCCAACUGAGGCUCAGAGGACCGGGACAGGAGAGCGAGUCGGGCUGAGCUGCCAGCCGCUGACACAGGCCCACUGCUGAAGAAGAGCACAGGAGCUACACAGAAUGUCCCAUGUACUUUGUGUGUGUGUGGCAGAUAUGGAAUUUAAUGUGUAUAUACAGAGGAUGGCGUGGUGGCGGAGCUGAAUGACGUGUUUGCAAGAUGCCGAGCGCUCUGAACAGUGGGUGUGCACAGGGGUUGGUGGUGUGCGAGAGUGUGUGUGUGUGAGAAGAAAUUGCACAUUCGCCACACAGAGGGUCUGUGGCAGUGAUGGGACUGCACUCCGAAGCCAGAGGAGUGAGGAUGGACAUCCUGGUGCCUUGGACCAGGCAGGCAGAGAAGGUCGUCUCACUGUGUCGCUGAAGUAGAUUCAGUGGCUUGGUCCAUUGAAUCUGCUUCCCCCGCUCAUCCACGCUUCUCAUCAGACUUCUACACCAUCGUGGACUUCUUCUUCUCUCUAGAGGCUGUGAGGUCAGAGGUGAUGUGGAAGAUCUCCGGGCAGCCGCGAGAUAGUCCCUCAGCAUCAGAAAUGUCUGGAUAGUGAUGUUCACAAAUGUUGUUUAGGGAGAAGCUUAAAGGGUCAGUUCACCCAAACUACCAAAAACACAUUUCCUCACUCCCCUCUUGAAUCUAACCUGUAUCUACAGUAUAUUUGUGGAGGUGAAAUGAAUUAGGCCUGAAAAUAUUAUUUUCUUUAUCGAUUAACCAGCAAAUCAUUUUUUCAAAAAGUCAAUGCUUCACUUUUUCUGUAAAAUGUCAGAAAAUAGUGAAAUGUAUCCAUUAAGUUGUCUCAGAGCCCAAUAUUACAUAUUUAAAUUGUUUGUUGUUUGUCUAAUCAAAUGUCCAAAAUUCUAAGUUUAGUUUAAUAACAUAUGACACAAAAUAGCAGCAUUUCUUUUUACAUCUGACAAGCUGGAAUAAGACAGUUUGUCAUUUAAAAAAAAAAAAGAUUAUUGGAUAAUUUUGUGAAAGUUUAUCAUUCAAUUAUUAUAUAACAAAUUAUUGUUUGUGGGGCUCACAGCACUUAACGUGCGUUUACAGUGGUACCCCAGUGAUCUAAUAUUACUCUUCAGUUUGAGAUUGUUGAAAGACAGGCCGACAUGUCCUGACCUCCAACAUGCUGAAUCCUACAUUUCCCAUAAUGCAAUUCCAAAGUGUUUUAAUAAUAAUAAUAUGCCGUCUGCCAGGUAACCACCCACAUCUUUCAAACUAAACACUGGCGUUCUGGUUUGUGUUAGUGGUUUCAACAUCUGAGGAGCGGUAACCCUAAUGACAUCACUGUGACAUCAUCAGGGUAAUUUGUUCAGACUUGACAAAAGCCGAAAAUUAUAUAGUAGUAGUACUCCUCGUGAUGAGUAAACUGACCUUCAGGUGUGAAAUUGGUGUUUUCCCAUAAAGGGUUAAAAACGGCGUCAUUUAUUCCCCUUCAUUCGAGGUAAUUUAAUGUAUUGGGUGAACUGACCCUUUAACGCACUGUGGGCUGAAUCUCAACAUAUUUGCUUGCUUUUGCUUUGGUGAGUUUUUAUCAGCUCUUCACACAGGAUUGCUCAGACGUGUGUAUAUACAGGAUAUACAGCUUGACAUGUAAAUACAAAACAGAAAAAAAGAAUUUUGCUGUUUGGAGUUUGUGUUUUUCAGUGUUGAGAUUCAGCCCACAGUGCAGACGAGGAAGGACGAGGGUUGUGAUCAUUAACAAAAAUGCUGUUAGGAUAUUCAAAUAGUUUUUCUUUCUUCUUUUGAAUACUGAUCUCAACCACAGUGAGGAGAGUAAAUGAUUAUGAUUGUUACUAUUCAGCCAUGUGAGUCUUACAACAGGACGUGUUAUUGAUCUGUAGAAAAGGCUUUAGAACAUCUGACCCUUUAACAGCUGACGGCCGCUCAGCUCUUCCACCCUGACUGACUGUUAUUACUCGUCCGCUGGGAGCGUAAACUGAUGUGUUGUGGCGUUGUCGGUUUGUGUCAGACAGCAGACAAGCUGCAGGUUGUUUGUGCUCGACACAGACUGACUGACUGUGUCAUCUCUCCUGUUAGCCAUACCUUCAUGCCCUUCACUCACAACAGCCCCCCUUUUCAUUCUUUUUACCCAGCAGGCACUGGGAGCUGGACUUCUCCUCACCUCUCAAUCGUGUGGUGGAAAUCAGAAGUGAAGGUGUGAAUUUGACACAUUUAAAUUUCCAUGUUCAAAUUCCUAAGACGAAUUGUUUUCUUUUUUUAAUUAUUAAUAUUAUUAUUUUGGAGGCAGCGGUGAACCGUGACCUCACUUGUGAUUUCUGCUCUGAUUGGUUGAAACGUGGAGGAGAGCAGCAGCAGCAGAAAGGGCUCUUGGCGUUUUCCUAAAAGUCUGUAACUCCACAGUCUGUGAGAAGCUUCACUGAGACGCCCUCCCUGCCUAACACACACACUCAAUGACCUUGCACACACGCUAACACACACGCACACAUACACAUUUUUUUGUAAAAUAAAUGAAUAAAAUAAUAUAUUCAGAUACCUAUAUAGCAUUUAAGAAAAAUGUAUAGAAUCCUUGAAUAGUGGCUCACUUAAUUAGUCACCAAAAAGUUUUUUUUUUUAUUUCUUUUUUUUCUUAUGUUGUCAAUUGCAUAAAAAUACCUAUAUUUUGCAGCCUGUUGAAGAUGACAGGUGUGUUUUUUUAAAUAGAGAAGCAGGGUGUCCUGUUUUGAUGCUGCAGUGGUUUUCCCUUUUAAAUGCGAUCAUUACUUUGAUUUUAUUUAUUAAGGUUUUGUUGUUGAAUUGCUGUUUUAAGAUCCAGACAAUUCAAAUUGCCACAGGAUAAUCAGUGUUUAUGAGACGAGGAGUGGAAGAUGGUUCUGAUCUGUGGCUACGAUGACCCUCGUCAUUUCUGUUUUCUAUCAGCCAAUCACAGCGUGAAAUGUGGAUGAAAUGAUUUCCCAAUCCACUUAGAAGCAAUGUAUGCAGGGGGGAGGGGGAUGGGGUGUGAAGUCAGAGGUGUCAUCGAGCAUCAUGUGACCUCUGACAAUCACAUGUCAAAAUAAAAUAACGAGUGUGUCUUUAGUCAAUGAGACGUCUAUGCACUGAGAGAACCGUGGUCCAAAACAAGCAGCCUGAACCCAAAAUAAAAGCCCCUGACUCUCACACACAACAACAGAAUUAGUUCAUUCUAACUCAUCAAACAAACAACAAACAAACAAACACUACCUCUACUUUGUACACACACUCGUUCAUGCACACACACACACACGCACACACACAGACACACAUUCACACUGAGCUUGUAAUCGCUGAGUGACUUAUUUUCCAGAUUUAUGUCAUCAAAAAGGGCCUUUUGUUGUUAUUAUUGAAAUUCUGUGUUUUGUUUUGUUUUUCCCGUUAGUCAGCUGGAGCGUUAAAGGUACAGCACACCACCACAGACUGUCAUUUUAAUGAUGAUGAUCUUGUUGAGACUGCCAAUCUUUUUAUGCCUCAUCAUCCAGUUUGUCCUGUCGGCAGAGGAGCCUGACUGCUUCUUUAGCAGUCGGCCAGAAAGUCACACGAUAACAAAGUUUUGACUGUCAGAUGAAAUGCAUUAAUAUAACUGUGAUCAUCAGCUAAACUAUUUAACCACACCGGCGCUGUAUGUGUCCCUGACAUCUCUGUUUGGAUUUCAAUGUGGUGGUAACAUGAUGGAAGUGUGCAGUGGGUGGUCAGAGCAACAACAGGCUUGAAGUGUUUUUCUCACUGUGCUCCUGUGGAAGUGGUGAAUGUGUUUAAUUCAACAGCUCAACCUUUAGUCUUUGAAAGAGAACAGAAAAAAGAGGAAUUGUUUUCCCCUCGUAGAUGCGAAGCUGUGAUUUCGGAAAAUAACAUAUUUACAAAACAAGCAAGCGAGGCAUCGAGUGACCAAACAUUCAUUUAAUUUUGAACUUAUUUAAGAUGGUGCUACUGCAGCAAGUUCAACUUUUCUCUCGUCUUCUGCAGAUAAACCAGAAUAGUGACUUGACAUUGUAGACUGUUCAGUAUAUAAUGGUGAUGUAAACCUGGCCUCUAAUCUAAGAUCCUAUUAACAGCUGAUUUACUCCAAGGCUUCACACUCCUCUCUGACUGUCUGUGUCCUAAAUGUUGAAAGAAAAGUUUGAGUUUGAUAAUGCUUCAUAAUUCACGAUCUCUUAAACACAGACUAUCAAACGUUGACUUAAUCAGAGAAAAGAUGGCCGGAUGAGACGUGUGAUUUCUAAUCAUCAGCCCAGCGUGAGGCCGAGGCUCCUUCACGCUCCCUGCAGGCCGGCAGCACAAUACUCACUCUGUAAUUUCACCACCAUCACAGGCAUGUGGGACACCAAGCUUGUCUUGUUCAACAAUCCAUGAAUGUGAAUUGUUAAAAAAAAAUGUUCUUUUUUUUUUUUUGCACAUGACAUAAUUAAUUAAUUAAUUAGACACUGCCACAGAGUGCAUCAAAAAAAAAGCUGGAAUGGAAAGUGUGCUGUGCUUUUCUGUGUUGUCAUGAGCAUGAUGGUUGGUAACUGGUCAUCAGAACACGCGUUGCCAGGAUGAUCCCUUGCUGUUUUUGUUUUGUUUUUUCUUUCUCUUGGUCUGCUUAUGUUGUAUCUCUCUUCACCUGCGCUGACGUGCUCUAUCAGAGGUGUCACUGCAACGGCCCAGUAAUCACUUGACGUGAGUGUGAACACGUGAAUGCAUCGAGCUCUGGUGUGACUGUGUGUGUGUGUGUGUGUGUGUGUGUGUGUGUGUGUGUCUCUCUCUUUUGGUGGAGACUGGUGCCAAGCAGUUUUAUUACGGGUCUCUCUCAAAGGGAUCACUCGUGCUUUUGUUUCAUUUUCCUCCUUCCCCCCCCCCCGUCUGUUUGAUAAGCACUUUGAACCUUCUCAUGUCUGUCAGAGGAGUGUGUAGCUGUACAUAGCGAUUUCCUGUAACAACAAGUGCUCCUUGUUCAGUCUGAAUAUUUUGUUUUGUUGGAUUUACUUUAAAGAGCAUUAUAUUGUUGUAGAAUUAAAGGAGAAAUAAACUAGAUAAACCUA